CUCCGCAACGCUCCACCGAAUCCACAUAGCUGCAAGAGUAAGACCACAUCUAUCUUCUCUCCUCAAUCUUUUUCUCGAGAGCACAAAAUCAGGCAAUCAGCUCAUGCAUGUUACGGCGCUAGAAUCGCCAUUGCUCAAGCUUUCCAUGCAUACCAGGAUCGUCCGCAUCCACUGAUUUUUCUUAGAGGGGAGAAGCGGGCGGUCGAAGACAGGGUGUGCAGUGCGGGUGGCGGCCGGCGAGCUGCCGGGGUAGGCAGUCAUGAGCUCGACGGACUCCUCCUCGGAGACAUCAGACUCGGACUCAUCGGACCUCCGGCCGGCGACCAGCGUCGGCGCCCGCCGCCUGUUCGACCGAAUGCCUCCGGGGAUCGACUGCAUCGGCGCCCUCUCGGACGGGAUCCUCCACCACAUCCUGUCCUUCCUCCCGGCGCAGGAGGCGGUGCGGACGUGCGUGCUCGCCCAGCGCUGGCGCCACCUCUGGAAGUGCACCACUGGCCUGCGCAUCGUCGGCAAUAAGGGUCCUUUCUGGCGUUGGCUAAAUGGCCUGCUCUUUGUCUCUCGGUGUCUGAGGACAUUGGUCCUUUCUGGUGUUGGCUUACAAGGAACUACUCUUGAUUUUUCUAGCUGCCCAGCAUUGGAGGAUCUCACGAUUGGUUUCUCUGUCAUCAAUGUUGGCAAGAUAUCGUCCCUGUCCCUGAAGUGUUUGAGUAUCUUUCGUUGCCGAUCCUAUCUGGAUGACCGGGUCCGAGUUUCUGCUCCAUGCGUUGUAUCACUGAAACUAUUGGGGUUUUCAGGUAUUACCCCUUUGCUUGAAAGCAUGCCAUUGUUAGAGACAGCAUUUCUGACUCUUGGCGCUCACGGGCACCAUACCUCACAAGAUAUCUGUCAGAAAUAUAGCCAAUCUGGGGUGUACUGUGGCGCUAAACAUGAUGCAUGUACGAACUGUCAUGCAAAUAAUGAUGGCAGCAGAAAUUGUGUGGUUCUCGGUGCUAUCUCUAAUGCUAAGCAUUUGGAGUUGAUAUCUUCGUUUGGAACGGUUAUUUUUACAAGGGAUUUGAAAUGGUGCCCUACAUUCGACAAACUAAAGAAUCUAAUACUCAAUGACUACUGGUGCAUGGGCCCUAGCUUUGAUGCUCUAAGUUGCAUUCUCAAACACUCGCCCGUUCUAGAGAAGCUCAGUCUUCAUCUUUUCAAGGGACUAAGAGCUAAUGUUAAAAUGAAAGGAAGCUACAGUUCAAUGGAGAGAUCUUCUGUGAUAUCUGAACACCUAAAGGUAGUCGAUGUCAAGUGUUCUGUUGUUGAUGAGAACGUUGUCGAAGUUCUGAAGUUCCUGUGUACACUUAACAUACGAUUCUGUUUCGUGUAAGGGUGAGAAAAGGUACUUAGCGGUAGAUCUACCAUCCCUUGACAGUCCGAUAAUGGAAGGCUUCAGUAGGAUGUGAUGAUGUUAUCUUAUUCAUCAUCUUUUGUCUAUGGGCAUCUUAUGCGAGUCCCGUGUCGAAGACCUGGCUUAGAGCUCCAGACCAUCCAGUUGGACGCGAUUUAUCAUAUGAUGUAAUGCAUAUUGCACUAUUGUUUGUACUUCGCUCAAUAUCCAGUUGAACCUGAUUUAUCCAGCGGUACAGUUCGGCACAAGCUGUGAAGCUGGUAACGUGAAUUGUUCUCUUGUGAUCGGCUUAA